AGUCUGUUCUGAGCUGGACGAUUGAACAUCCCUCACCAUGCCUCUGUUCGGGUUGAAGGCUAUUGUUGGAGAAAGGAUCAUGAACAACGUCAUCAAGAAAGCAAGAGAAAAGGGACAGUGGAAGGUGCUGGUGGUGGACAAACUGAGCAUGAGGAUGGUUUCCUCCUGCUGCAGGAUGACCGACAUCAUGUCAGAGGGAAUCACCAUUGUAGAGGAUAUAUCGAAGCGCCGGGAGCCUCUGCCCACCAUGGAGGCCAUCUACCUGAUCACCCCUUCAGAUGAGUCUGUGGAGGGUCUGAUUGAUGACUUCAGAGACCCCCAGGCUCCAAGGUACCGAGCAGCUCACGUCUUCUUCACUGACACCAUUCCAGACUCCUUGUUUGGGCUGUUGACCAAGUCUCGCGCCUCCAAAUCCAUGAAGGCCUUGACUGAGAUCCACAUAGCCUUCCUGCCCUAUGAGUCUCAGGUCUUCUCCCUGGAUAAGGUCGAGGCCUUCCAGGACUUCUACAGCCCCUUCAAGGCUGAUGUGAAGAGCAACAUGUUGGAGCGAUGUGCGGAACAGAUAGCCACGCUGUGUGCAACGCUCAAAGAGUACCCCGGGGUUCGAUACCGAGGAGACUACAAGGACUGUGCUGUUUUGGCCCAGAUGCUUCAGGAAAAGCUGGAUGGCUAUAAGGCUGAUGACCCCACCAUGGGGGAGGUAGGUGCAGAACCCAGUGAUGAAAUCUUUAGACCUUUUACACCAUAG